UAUAGCCCGGUGACCGACGCGACACCGUCGCGUUCGCCAUUCUGUAAAUUAAAAAAAAUAACGUUCCAAAUUUGAAGUGUUGUGAUAGACGAUUUAAUUUUUUAAUCUCGUAGUUUGACAUUCCUUCGUUCCCGCUAAAUAAGUUUAAAUUGAAUUUAGAACUUCAAAAUGGUAAACAAAAUGGAUAUGGAAAAGAAUAAAGAAGUAACCGUGGACGAUAUUCUGCAUAUUCUCGGACCGUUUGGGAAGUUUAAUAUAUUAAAUACUAUUUUGAUAUUAUUCCCCGUUUUAUUGGCGGGCAUGUAUUCUUCAGUGUAUAACUUCGAAGCGAUGGAUCUUAAAUACAGAUGUACAGUGCCAGACUGCUCAGACCCGUCCAUAGUGAAUUACUCCAUACCUCACGGGAAAGAUGGUGAACCGUCCAAGUGCCGCAGAUACGCUCCCUUCACGAAUGUCACAGGCACCAACGACACCUGUUCACCGCACUACUAUGAUACUUCUACUGAAAUCGAGUGCGAUUCUUACGUCUACUUCGAAGAACAUUCCAUCGUUAAAGAGUUCAACCUCGGCUGUCAGGAUUGGAAGCGGUCUCUAGUGGGCACAGUCCACAACGCUGGCUUCUUCAUAUCCAUACCACUAACGGGCCUCAUCUCAGACAAGUUCGGCCGUCGGCUGGCCGUGGUAUUCGCGAGCGUUGCCAAUGGUGUGUUUGGCGUAAUCCGCGCUUUCUCAUUGAACUAUGAGAUGUUCAUAGUCCUGGAGUUCUUGGAGCCGGCACUUGGUGGUGGAGUGUAUACCGCUUGCUUUGUCCUUGCCAUGGAACUAGUCGGUCCCAAAGGAAGAGUAUUCGUGAGCCUGCUCUUCAACACAAUGUUCAUUUUCGGAGGCGUAUCGGUCACAAUGCUGUCCUGGUGGCUCCAGAAUUGGCGAUAUCUCCUGCUCAUCAUUUACACACCGGCUAUCCUCACGUUCUUCUACAUAUGGGUGCUCACAGAGAGCUUCCGUUGGUUCUUCAGUAAAGGGAAAUUCGACGAAGGCAUCAACGUACUUAAGAGUAGCGAGAAAUUCAACAACGUUACCGUUCCGAAGGACCAUUACGAUCAAGUCGAGAAACACGCCGUCAGACAGAGAGACGCAAGGAAGUUUGAAUCGUUAGAAAGCAACCAGUCGAGCGUGAAGCAAAUAUUUUUGUCCGGCUUGAUAUGGAAGAGGUUGUUCAUUUGCUCCUUUCUCUGGACGUCGUCUACUCUGGUCUAUUAUGGUCUUUCGAUCAAUGCUAUAGAACUGUCCGGGAACAGUUAUUUGAAUUACAUAGUGGUGAUUUUAAUAGAGGCGCCAGCUAAUGUGUGCAAGCUGAUAUGUUUGGAUCGCUUCGGGAGGAAGCGGGUGAUCGCUACAGCGUUCGUGUUGACAGGAGUUAUCCUAAUCACGCAUCGUUUUGUCCCAGGAGGCAACUGGGCAACGGCCUUCUACCUCGGCGGGAAAUUCUUUAUAACGCUAGCGUACAAUUCCCUAUAUAUAUUCGCAGCUGAAGUGUUCCCAACCAAUUACAGAACUACCCUCCUCGCUAUUUGUUCUACCAUUGGUAGAAUCGGUUCUACCAUUGCUCCACAAACACCGUUGUUGUCCAAGUACUACGUGUAUCUUCCGACAUUAUUAUUUGGUGUAAUGUCCGCCAUCUCCGGUCUGAUAGUAAUGACUCUACCAGAAACAAACAACCAAGAACUACCAGACUCUUUGAAAGACGCGCAGGCGCAGGACAAAAGGGGCACAGGCAAAAAAAGCACAGACGAUAAAGGCACAGACAACAAAACUAGACUGUGAAUAUUGAAUUGGUGGACUGUGAUUAUAUCGAUAUAUUUAAAGUAUCGAUUUUUUGUGUAUGUGAAAAUGUUAACUGUGGUAACGUUACUAAAUAAAAUGUUGUUUUUGGUGUCUUUAAAAUACUUUGGUAGAAUUUUUAUUGAAAUGAUGUUUUACAUAGACUGUAAAUAAUUAUUGUUUAUUUACACCAUGUAGAAUAGAUCCAUAAAGGAUAGAUACAUCUAUGCUUAUUAGAAAGCAUGUAAUGCAAUGAAGUCUGACUAAAUUAAUAUGCUUAUAUAAACUGUAUAAAAUUUCUCGUUGAAAACAAACUAUACAAGGUACAAAUUAUUAAUUUAGCAUUUCACUUUGUAGAAGAUUAAAAAUUGAGGUCAACACCAUAGUCUUAUUUGUGAAAUUCUCGGAAAUCUUGUGUAUUAUAAAUAUUUCCCGUUUACUGGUUUCGUUAUAAAGAUUUCGUUUCAAUGGAAUUAAUAUAAUGUACUUUUUUGAGUGAUUUACAUUUCUUUAUGCAUUGGGUAUAUUAACCUAUAUAUACCCUUCCUUGAUAAUCAUAGCCAUAUAAGUUUUGAUUUCUAAGACGGCUGUUAUAUAAGAUAGACGAUAUUACAUAUCACAAGUUGUUUCAAAUAUUUCACCAGGAAACAACAAUGCAAAUCCGCUGGUACUUGCAUUGUACACGGCGCACAACGAAUAAGAUAUUUAAAGAAGAAAAAAAUUAGGUUUCCCUUUCUUUUUUUUCAAAGCGUAUUAGUGAAUGAUAUCUGUCUUACAGUUUCAAGUAAUUAAAAUCAAUAGAAUGAUUUAAAAAAUCUAAGACUUCAGGAAGAAAUUGUUUGUAAAUUUCGGUUGCUUGAAAUAAGUUGCAUAUGUAUAAAAUUAUACAUAUGCUUCCCCUUAAGACUUAUUGAAAUUAUGUAGUUUAAUAAAGAAUGUAGAAUGUUCUAUAGAUU